AGGGAGUGGAACCUCAAUUUUGGUAGUCUUCAUCUGGAGCAGCGGACUAAUUGGGGCCAUGGCGCCGGCGGAAAUCCUGAACGGGAAGGUGGUCUCCACGCAAAUAAGGGAGAGACUGAAGAACCAGGUCACAGAAAUGAAGGAGCAAGUACCUGGUUUCAUACCAGGCCUGGCAAUUUUACAGGUUGGCGACAGAGAUGAUUCCAACCUUUACAUAAAUAUGAAGCUGAAGGCUGCUGAAGAGAUUGGGAUCAAAGCCACUCACAUUAAGUUACCAAGAACAGCCACAGAACAUGAGGUGUUAAAGCACAUCAUGUCUUUGAAUGAGGACUCCACAGUACAUGGGUUCAUAGUACAGCUACCUUUAGAUUCAGAGAAUCCCAUGAACACAGAAACAGUGGUCAAUGCUCUUGCACCUGAAAAAGAUGUGGAUGGAUUGACUAGUAUCAAUGCUGGAAAACUUGCUAGAGGUGACCUAAAUGACUGUUUCAUUCCUUGUACGCCUAGAGGAUGUUUGGAACUCAUCAAAAAGACAGGGGUGCAGAUCGCUGGAAGGCAUGCUGUGGUGGUUGGGCGCAGUAAAAUAGUCGGUGCCCCAAUGCAUGACUUGCUUCUGUGGAACAAUGCCACAGUGACCACCUGCCACUCCAAGACUGCCAAUCUGGACAAGGAGGUAAAUAAAGGUGACAUCGUGGUGGUUGCAGUUGGUCAGCCUGAAUUGGUGAAAGGGGAGUGGAUCAAACCUGGGGCCAUAGUCAUUGACUGUGGAAUCAAUUAUGUCCCAGAUGAUACAAAACCAAAUGGGAGAAAAGUCGUGGGUGAUGUGGCAUAUGAUGAGGCCAAAGAGAGGGCAGGCUUUAUCACUCCUGUUCCUGGUGGCAUCGGGCCCAUGACAGUCGCAAUGCUAAUGCAGAGCACAGUAGAGAGUGCAAAGCAUUUCCUGGAGAAAUUUAAUCCAGGAAAGUGGGCGAUUCAGUAUAACAAGCUUAACCUCAAGACUCCUGUUCCAAGUGACAUUGAUAUAUCACGAUCUUGCAAACCGAAGCCCAUUGGGAACCUGGCUCGAGAAAUUGGUCUGCUCUCCGGAGAGGUAGAAAUGUAUGGUCAAACAAAAGCCAAAGUUCUGCUGUCAGCGCUAGAGCGCCUGAAGCACCAGCCCGAUGGGAAAUAUGUGGUGGUGACCGGAAUAACUCCAACGCCCCUGGGAGAAGGGAAAAGCACAACCACCAUCGGACUGGUGCAAGCCCUCGGUGCCCAUCUUUAUCAAAACGUUUUUGCAUGUGUGCGACAGCCUUCCCAGGGCCCCACCUUUGGAAUAAAAGGUGGCGCUGCAGGAGGUGGCUACUCCCAGGUUAUCCCUAUGGAAGAGUUUAAUCUCCACCUCACUGGUGACAUCCACGCCAUCACUGCAGCUAAUAACCUCGUUGCUGCUGCCAUCGAUGCCCGGAUAUUCCAUGAACUUACCCAGACAGACAAGGCUCUCUUUAAUCGUUUGGUACCAUCAGUGAAUGGAGUGAGAAAGUUCUCUGAUAUCCAAAUCCGAAGAUUACGGAGACUAGGAAUUGAAAAGACUGACCCUACCACACUAACAGAUGAAGAGAUAAACAGAUUUGCAAGAUUGGACAUUGAUCCAGAAACCAUAACUUGGCAAAGAGUGCUGGAUACCAAUGAUAGAUUCCUGAGGAAGAUCACAAUUGGACAGGCUCCAACGGAGAAAGGGCACACACGGAUGACCCAGUUUGAUAUCUCUGUGGCCAGUGAAAUCAUGGCUGUCCUGGCUCUCACCAGUUCUCUAGAAGACAUGAGAGAGAGACUGAGCAGAAUGGUGGUGGCAUCCAGCAAGAAAGGGGAGCCCAUCAGUGCUGAAGAUCUGGGGGUGAGCGGUGCGUUGACAGUGCUUAUGAAGGAUGCAAUCAAGCCCAAUCUCAUGCAGACAUUAGAGGUGAGCAGAGUAACUCCUGCCUUCCUGCAUCAGCACCCACUCUCCCGAGUGAGCCACGGGCCGGCCCUAGAAAGGCAUUCUUACAGUUGCUUUUUUCUUUCCUUAACAGUGACUGAAGCAGGAUUCGGAGCAGACAUUGGAAUGGAAAAGUUUUUUAACAUCAAAUGCCGGUAUUCUGGUCUCCGCCCUCACGUGGUGGUGCUUGUUGCCACUGUCCGGGCUCUUAAAAUGCACGGAGGCGGCCCCACGGUUACUGCUGGACUGCCUCUUCCCAAGGCUUACAUAGAGGAGAACCUGGAACUGGUUGAAAAAGGCUUCAGUAACUUGAAGAAACAAAUUGAAAAUGCCAGAAUGUUUGGAGUUCCAGUGGUAGUGGCUGUGAACGCGUUCAAGACAGAUACAGAGGCUGAGCUGGACCUCAUCCGCCAUCUUGCCAGAGAACAUGGGGCUUUUGAUGCUGUGAAGUGCACUCACUGGGCAGAAGGGGGCAAGGGUGCCUUAGCCCUGGCUCAGGCUGUCCAGAGAGCAGCACAGGUGCCCAGCAGCUUCCAACUUCUUUACGACCUCAAGCUCACAGUGGAGGAUAAAAUCAGGAUCAUUGCACAGAAAAUCUAUGGGGCAGAUGACAUUGAACUGCUCCCCGAAGCUCAGCACAAAGCUGAAGUCUACACAAAGCAGGGCUUUGGGAAUCUACCUAUCUGCAUGGCCAAAACACACUUGUCCUUGUCUCACAACCCAGAGCUAAAAGGCGUGCCUACGGGCUUCGUUCUGCCCAUUCGCGACAUCCGCGCCAGCGUCGGGGCUGGUUUUCUGUACCCUUUAGUAGGAACGAUGAGCACAAUGCCUGGACUACCUACCCGGCCCUGUUUUUAUGAUAUUGAUUUGGAUCCUGAAACUGAACAAGUGAAUGGACUGUUCUAAACAGAUCAUCCUUCUCCAAGAACUACUUUGAAAGUUUGGCCAGUAUCUAUUCAGGCCCACUGUGAAGUUAAGAAGUGUGGGGAAAUCAAGAGAAAUCAGCCCCUAGCCCGAAGAUCUUCUGAAAUAAAUACUGGGAAUUUCCCCAGAAGCCUUUCUUCAGC